ACUAGUUAGUUGCAAGUUAAGUCCAUGUUAGUCGACAUUCAUUUAGUUUACUUCAAACGCGAUGUGGUCUUCGGUGUUCGUAUAUUUGGUCUUGUGUGGAUUCUUGCUGGCGUAUCAACUUUCAGAAAUUGAAUUAACUGGAAAAAAGAUAUACGAUGAGCUAACUGAAGAAGAUAAUGUAAGAAAGCCCCAACUUAGUAAGAUAGUCGGAGGGCGGGACGCAACCUGUGAGGAGUUCCCUCACCAAGUUAACUUUAUUGUGAACAACUCUUUCUUCUGUGGGGGCUUCAUUAUACAUGAACGAUUUAUUCUAACAGCUGCACAUUGUGCACAAGAUGUCGAUCCAUCCACUGUCGUACUAAGAACAGGGAGUUCUUACCGAAAGAACGGUACAAUAGUACCGAUAGAAGAAGUUAUACCACAUCCAGAAUAUAAUGAUCCCCCACUCGAUAAAGAUAUAGCUGUAUUCAAGACAGCUACGCCUAUUGAGUUUAAUGCGUGCACUCAGCCUAUAAAAUUACCAAUGAGGGGAUUUUCACCACUGGCGCGAUCAGAAAUGGCCGUCAGUGGUUGGGGACGAACCAGGGAAGGGGCAUCAAAGCUACCAGAUAGGCUGAUGGCAGUCAAUCUAACCGUUGUUGAUCGUAGGCUGUGUACCCUAGCUUAUGCGGGAACGUUUACAAACAACAUGUUCUGCGCUGGAAACUUCUAUUUUGGAGGGAAAAGCGCUUGUCAGGGUGAUUCGGGUGGGGUUGGUGCUGUGGAUGGUGUGGCCAGAGGGGUCGUGUCGUACGGUCGGUUAUGCGGCCAGCCGUUAGCGCCGACAGUCUUCGCUAACAUAGCCUCACCGGAGCUGCGAGAUUUCAUCACCAGCGUUACAGGAUUAUAACAAUAAAAUUGAUAAGGAUUCUG